AUGGGAACGCUUCAAACAUGGAGAAAAGCAUACGGCGCUCUCAAGGACCAUACUCAAGUCGGGCUUGCCCAUGUCAACUCCGAUUUCAAGGAUGUUGAUGUAGCGAUCGUGAAGGCUACGAAUCAUGUGGAGCAUCCACCCAAAGAAAGACAACUCAGAAAAAUUAUGGUUGCCGCAUCGUCUAUGCGCCCCCGGGCUGACGUUGCAUACUGUGUACAUGCACUUUCAAGACGACUAGCAAAGACUCAUAAUUGGACGGUUGCGUUGAAGACAUUAAUAGUGAUUCAUAGGACACUAAGAGAAGGUGAUCCUGUGUUUAAGGAGGAACUCCUGAAUUUCCAACAGAGGGGCCGUGUACUUCAGAUGUCUAAUUUCAAGGAUGAUUCAAGCCCUAUUGCUUGGGAUUGCUCUGCAUGGGUAAGAACGUAUGGGCUCUUUCUGGAAGAACGUUUAGAAUGCUUCAGGAUACUUAAGUAUGACAUUGAAGCAGAACGUCUUCCUCACCCUGCACAAGGACAAGAUAAGGGUUACAGUAGAACAAGGGACUUGGACAGUGAAGACCUUUUAGAACAGUUGCCUGCUUUGCAGCAGCUUCUGUAUCGUCUUAUUGGGUGUCGGCCUGAAGGGGCAGCUGUGGGCAAUUACAUAAUCCAGUAUGCCCUUGCCCUGGUGCUUAAAGAGAGCUUUAAAAUAUAUUGCGCCAUAAAUGAUGGGAUUAUCAAUCUUAUUGAUAAGUUUUUUGAGAUGCCAAGACACGAAGCCAUAAAGGCCCUAGACAUCUAUAAAAGAGCUGGGCAGCAGGCCGCAAGCCUUUCUGAUUUCUACGAAGUUUGCAAAGGACUUGAACUUGCUAGAAAUUUCCAGUUCCCUGUCUUAAGAGAGCCUCCUCAGUCUUUUCUAGUGACCAUGGAAGAGUAUAUAAAAGAAGCUCCCAGGAUGGUUCCCGUUCCGAGUGUGGCCUUGGAAUAUCCGGAAAGGCUGAUGCUGACAUAUAGGCAAGAGGAUGCUCCACCUGUUGAAGAAGAACAGCCACAGCCACAGGCACCACUACCACCACCGCCACCGCCUUCUGAUGAAGUUGCAACCUCGACUGCUGAAGCGGCUGCUCCCCCACCUCCAGCAAUCAAUGCGGACACAGAUGAUCUAUUGGGGUUGAGUUCCACUUCAAUAGAUGCAUCUGUCAUUGAAGAAAGCAACACAUUGGCAUUAGCCAUAGUUGCAUCCGACACUACACAAGUCGGCUCUAAUUCUCCCCAAGCACAAGAUUUUGAUCCGACUGGAUGGGAACUUGCCCUGGUCACCACUCCCAGCACCAACUCAUCAUCAUCAGUUCCCGAGAGGCAAUUGGCUGGUGGACUGGAUUUGCUUACGCUCGAAAGUUUGUACGAAGAUGGCGUGUAUAGAGCAUCCCAGCAACCAGUAUAUGGAGCUGCAGCUCCUAACCCGUUUGAAGCCAAUGACCCAUUUUCCGUACAAAUGGGUAAUAAUAACCCAUUUGGGCCAUUUCAGCCUGCUGCUUCGCAUCUACAGACCCAACCUCAAAACCCUUUUGGCGAUCCAACAGGAUUUGGUGCUUUCCCCACUGCUGCUCACCCACAAACCACAAAUCCUUUCGGAAGCACCGGACUUAUAUGA